CACUGCUACCUUCACCAUGAGCCCCCAGCUGUCCCUGGUCUUGGCGCUCCUGGUGCUGGGCUGCUGCUCUGCUGCCCCCAGACGGCGCCAGCCCACUUUUGUGGUCUUCCCAGGAGACCUGAGAAGCAAUCGCACUGACAUACAGCUGGCAGAGGAGUAUCUGUACCGUUAUGGCUACACUAAAGUGGCCGAGCUUAGCGACAACAAGCAGUCCCUGGGUCGGGCGCUGCGAGUCCUCCAAAGGCGCCUGAACCUGCCGGUCACUGGUGAGCUGGACAGCGCCACCCUGGAGGCUAUGCGCGCCCCGCGCUGCGGCGUGCCAGACCUGGGCAAAUUCCAGACCUUCGAGGGCGACCUCAAGUGGCACCACCAAAACAUCACGUACUGGAUCCAAAACUACUCGGAAGACUUGCCACGCGACGUGAUCGACGACGCCUUUGCCCGCGCUUUCGCGGCCUGGAGCGCCGUGACGCCGCUCACCUUCACUCGCGUGUACGGCCUGGAAGCCGACAUCGUCAUCCAGUUCGGAGUUAGGGAGCACGGAGAUGGGUAUCCCUUCGAUGGGAAGGACGGACUCCUGGCGCACGCCUUUCCUCCUGGCCCGGGCAUUCAGGGAGACGCCCACUUCGACGACGAAGAGUUAUGGUCUCUGGGCAAGGGCGUCGUGGUAUCGACCCGUUUUGGAAACGCAGAUGGAGCCCCCUGUCACUUCCCCUUCACCUUCGAGGGCCGCUCCUACUCCGCCUGCACCACGGACGGCCGCUCGGACGACAUGCCCUGGUGCAGCACCACUGCCAACUUUGACACUGACCGCCGGUUCGGCUUCUGCCCCAGCGAGAGACUCUACACCCAGCACGGCAAUGCAGACGGCAAGCCCUGUGUAUUUCCAUUCACCUUCGAGGGCCGCUCCUACUCUGCCUGCACCACCGACGGUCGCUCAGAUGGCUACCGCUGGUGUGCCACCACUGCCAACUACGAUCAGGACAAGCUCUUUGGCUUCUGCCCAACCCGAGCUGACUCGACGGUGACCGGGGGCAACUCGGCGGGGGAGCUGUGCGUCUUCCCCUUCGUCUUCCUGGGCAAGGAGUACUCGACUUGUACCAGAGAGGGCCGCAACGAUGGGCGCCUCUGGUGUGCCACCACCUCGAACUUCGACAGCGACAAGAAGUGGGGCUUCUGUCCGGAUCAAGGAUACAGCCUGUUCCUUGUGGCUGCCCACGAGUUUGGCCAUGCUCUGGGCUUAGAUCACUCAACCAUUCCAGAGGCGCUUAUGUUCCCCAUGUACAGCUACACCGAGAAGCCCCCCCUGCAUGAAGACGACGUGAAGGGCAUCCAGAGUCUGUAUGGUCCUGGCCCUAAACCUGAACCGCAGCCUCCAACCACCACACCUGAAACGCAGCCCACCGCUCCCCCAACGGUCUGCACCACUGGGCCCCCCACUGCCCGCCCCUCAGAGAGCCCUACCACUGGCCCUACGGGCCCUCCUUCAACUAGCCCCACGAGUCUCCCCACUGCUGGCUCUACAGCGUCUUUAAAUCCAGAGGAAGAUGUCUGCAACGUGAACAUCUUCGACGCCAUAGCAGAGAUUGGGAAUCACCUGCUUUUCUUCAAGGAUGGGAGGUACUGGCGAUUCUCUGAGAACCAGGGACGCAAGGUGCAGGGCCCCUUCUCUAUCAGAAACACUUGGCCUGAGCUGCCUUCCAAGCUGGACUCUGCCUUUGAGGAGCCGCGCACCAAGAAGAUUUUCUUCUUCUCUGGGCGCCAAGUGUGGGUUUACACUGGAGCGUCAGUGCUAGGCCCAAGGCGUCUGGACAAGCUGGGCUUCGGCCCUGAGGUGGCCCAAAUCACUGGGGCUCUCUCGCAUGGCGAGGGCAAGGUGCUNNCUGUCUCUUCGCCGCCUUCCUGCAGAUUCGACGUGAAGACGCAGAUGGUGGAUCCCAAGAGUGCCAGCCCUGUGGACCAGAUGUUCCCUGGGGUGCCCUUGGACACGCACGACAUCUUCCAGUACCGAGAGAAAGCUUACUUCUGCCAGGACCGAUUCUACUGGCGCAUGAGUUUCCAGAAUGAGGUGGGCCAGGUGGACGAAGUGGGCUACGUGACCUUUGAUCUCCUACAGUGCCCUGAGGCCUAAGGCUCACCAUUCUGCUUCAGCACUGCAGUGUGAGUCCCCAUAGGGGCCACCUCGAUGGGGAAGGAGCCAGUUUGCCGGAUACAAACUGGUGGGUCUGUUCUGGAAGACAAAGGACAAGUGGAGCUGGGCUGGGCCCUCUCGUCCCACCUUCCUUUUUUGUUGG